GCGCGUGCACCCACUGUGAGUGAGUCAGUCAGUGUGAGCUCGCUCGCGGAGUCAGCGUUCCCGUUACCCGUUAAACUCUCAACACAGUUGAUGUGACUCCUGCAGAAGUGCUGGAACGCUUGGAAAAUGGGUUGCUUCGAGUGCUGCAUUAAGUGUCUGGGAGGCGUGCCGUACGCGUCUCUGCUGGCCACCAUCUUGUGUUUCUCUGGAGUGGCUCUGUUCUGCGGAUGUGGACACGUCGCUCUCACGGGAACACUCACUAUCCUGGAGAACCACUUCUCCCGGGUCACCGCCGACCACGCCAUGCUGACCGACAUAGUCCAGCUCAUGCAGUACGUCAUCUACGGCAUCGCCUCCUUCUUCUUCCUGUACGGCAUCAUCCUCCUCGCCGAGGGCUUUUACACCACCAGCGCCGUGAAGGAGCUCCACAACGAGUUCAAGACCACCGUGUGCGGACGCUGCAUCAGUGGGAUGUUCGUGUUCCUGACGUAUGUCCUGGGAAUCGCGUGGCUCGGUGUCUUCGGCUUCUCAGCGGUUCCCGUGUUCCUGUUCUACAACAUGUGGUCGACCUGCGCCGCCAUGCGCUCGCCGGUGGCCAACCUCACGUCCAUCGACAGCAUCUGCGUGGAUGUGCGUCAGUACGGGAUUAUCCCAUGGAACGCCACACCGGGGAAAGCUUGCGGCUCAACGCUAGGUGACAUCUGCAACACCAGUGAGGUAUGAACACACAUCUCUCCAGCGGUAGAUAUGCAUGAUAAUACACAAGAUAAUA